GCGUGUCUGCGGACGUAUUGCGUGCGGACGCGCAGGUAAACGCGGCGGAAGAAGGACGCGCACGAAUGGGCCGUGACGGACGGUUUCUGAAGUUCGAAUAUGACCUGAAAGAGGAAAACUCGGGAACAUAAAGAUGAAGUUCAUGAACAUCGUGUGUUGCAGGAACCUGAAGGACACAAAGAUCCUGAUGAAGACCGGUUUGGGCUUGGUGCUUGCAGGCCAUGUGAACUUCCUGCUGGGGGCGCUCGUGCACGGCGCCGUGCUCCGCAACGUGAGCGUCAGCGUGCAGGCGGCCACCAUGGAGUACGCCAUCGCCAACAUCAUCGCCCUCACGGCGGGCCUGACGGCAGCUAUUGGUGGAAUAUCUGCCAUUGUCCUGUCUAAAAACAUGAAGAACAAGUCUUUGAAGUGGCUGCUGCUGGUGAUGAGUCUCCUGGCUUGCCUCCUGGGAUGUGCCUCUGCUGUAAGCGUGUUCGCGUCCAUGGUGACGGCCAUCAGUAACAGCGGCUUGAGUCUGCUGACGCAGUGCAACCUGAACGGCACCGUCAACACCUACAGCAUCACCUACGAGUGCCCGUUCGACCCCACACGCAUCUACGGGACGACGCUGACGCUAUGGGUGCUCGUGAUCAUCAUGUCUCUGGUGGAGGUGGCAUUUUCGGGCCGCUGCUUUGUGGCGUGCACUGCAUUCCUCCGCCUCCCAUGCCCGUGGAGGAAGAUGCCCGUUAACGCCAACCGGGUGCGUUUCCGUACAACAGAGGACUGUAACCAAGCAGCAUCCAGCUACGCCCCUGACGUGGAGGAGCCUACAGAGGAAAACGACCUUCUCAACACGACCACACCCACCGAGGAGACCAGUGAGCUGUGAGCUGGAGACUGCCGUUCUGCUGUCAUGCAGGGAGGGGUAUGGUAUGGGCCGCCACUGCUGGACUGUUGGACAGAGAGGGGACCCCUCAGGACCCCUGAGCUCCGUGAAGCGUAGACAGACGAAGGACUCCGAGAGACGGAGGAGGGGUGUGUGUGUGUGUGUGGGUGUGGGUGUGUGUGCGGCAAACAGGACUUUCAGGAAUAUGUCUGAUCUGAAACUGAAACUUGUGAAUUCCCAAAGGCUAUUCCAGCUCCACUGUCUUCCACUCCAAAGAUCAUUCCAGCCUCUGGAAUUCAGAAACCGGAGAGGAACAGUGUGCGAACACUCUGGAAUGAGGAAAGGAGACGAUCCGUAAUCUAGCCACAGUCAAAUGAGAAUGGGACCAUUUUAACUGUGUUUGUUCCUGAACAUUUGAUGGUUCAUUUGUUACCUGUGGAUGAAAACAAAACAAAACAAAAAAAAAACGGUGUUAAAAAUACACGUGCAAGAAAUCCACUCUACUCCGUGGAAGGAAAAGGUGCAGGUUGCAUGUUUUAAUGUCCUUGCUGUGACCUGUUUUGAACAAUUGAAGAAAAUUGUUCCGUUUUGUUUUGUUUGUUUGUGCACACUAAUUUUUAUACUGCCAUGUGGUGAUGAUGCUGAUAUGCUCAAAGCGUUUUUAUAAA